CCGUGACACCUACUCGCACCAAGCCGGCUGCACGGGCACGCAUCCUCCCUGGCCGCCCGCGGCAGGACCUGAGCGGUGAGGAAGACGUUAUCGGAUCCUCCCUAAUUUGGCUGCUCUUUUAUUGACUUCGCCAAAUAAAGCAAACAUUUGGGCUCCUGGGAGCCGUUCCUGGCUAAUCUGUUUGUUGCUGCUGGCUCCGCGGGGACGGCAGAUGUGGCCUUGGUGAGAAGGUCCGCGAGUGCCCCCGGAGCACUAUAUAGGGGGCUAUAUACACCCUCAGGGGCUGAGGUUCGUCUACGUCCACUCACCAUGAAGAUCCUCCUGGUCUUCGCCACCCUCGUGGCAGCCGCCUGCGGCGAGCAACUUUUCAUGGGGGACCAGGUCCUCCGCAUCACGGCCAGCAACGAGGAGCAGAUCACCCUGCUCAGGGCGCUGGGUGAGCAGGCAGAGCUGCAGGUUGACUUUUGGCUUGACCCCACCAGCCCCGGUCACCCAGCCGACCUGCGGGUGCCCUUUCCCAGCCUCCAAGCAGUCAAAAUCUUCCUGGAGUCCAAUAGCAUUUCCUACAGCAUCAUGAUCAAGGACGUACAGGAAUUAGUGGAUGAAGAAAAGAAAGCCAUGAUGAAGUCUAGGAGGAUAGAGAGAAGCACCCGCACAUUCGAUUUUGCCUCCUACCACACGAUAGACGAGAUCUACGACUGGAUGGACAUGCUGGUAGAUGAUCAUCCCAGCCUCGUUAGCAAGAUCCAGAUCGGGCAGAGCUACGAGAACAGACCCUUGUACGUGCUGAAGUUCAGCACCGGGGGAUCGAAUCGGCCGGCCAUCUGGCUGGACACUGGCAUCCACUCGCGGGAAUGGAUCACGCAAGCCACCGGCGUCUGGACGGCCAACAAGAUCGCCGAGGAAUACGGCCAGGACCCCUCCAUCACCGCCAUCCUGGACAGCAUGGACAUCUUCUUCGAGAUCGUCACCAACCCUGAUGGCUAUGCCUUCACCCACAGCUCCAACCGCAUGUGGCGCAAGACGAGGUCCAUCAACGCCGGCUCCCACUGCGUUGGCGUGGACCCCAACCGAAACUGGGACGCAGGCUUUGGAGGCGCCGGCUCCAGCAGCAACCCCUGCUCCGAGACCUACCGCGGCCCUUACCCCCACUCUGAGAGCGAAGUGAAAGCCAUCGUGGACUUCAUCCGCGGCCACGGGAACGUGAAAUCGGUCAUCUCCAUCCACAGCUACUCCCAGAUGCUGCUUUUCCCCUACGGCUACAAGACAGCACCCGCGCCCAACCACCGGGAACUGAAUGAACUGGCUAAAAAGGCGGUGAGCGACUUGGCUGUCGUGUAUGGGACGAAAUACACCUACGGCAGCACCGUGGACACCAUCUACUUGGCAGACGGGACCACCAUCGACUGGGCCUACGACAACGGGGUGAAAUAUUCCUUCACCUUCGAGCUGAGGGACACGGGACGCUACGGCUUCCUCCUGCCCAGCACCCAGAUCAUCCCCACCGCUACCGAGACCUGGCCGGCGCUGCUGGACAUCAUGAUCCACGUCCUGGAGCAUCCGUACUAAAGCUGGCGCCUUCCACGGCGUCCCCUCAUCUCAAUAAAUAAU